CGGUCCUGUUUACAAGUCCCUGCCAGCGGAGGAUGUGGAGUACAGUGCCUGGAAAAUAGACAGACACAGCCCGCAACUAGCAAACACCACAAAAGGGACAUUUAGCUGGUGUGUUUUGUUGAUAAAUGAGGACUGUCAAAGCCACAGAGAGCUCACCGGCGAUCAAUAACAGCACGUUAUUAACUUAGGCGUUGUUAUGCAAUGUAACGCUUUCGGUGCUCUCGUGGUGGUGACGUUAAGCUGCUAUGCUGUAGUUUAAAAAAAAAAUGAACAGAUUGGUUAAAGUUAAGUGUCGACCAUUCUUUCUUCUGGACACACGUUUUCAAGGAUUUGGCGUUUCUUUGAUGGACUUGAGAAGGCGGUGGGCAACCGGUCCGUGAGAUGUUUUUUCCAAAAGGGUGCUCAGACGAGGUCAGCGCGGAUGGGACUAAUGAGAUCUGAGAGCGGGCCUGGCUGGGGACAGGAGUGAGCAUGGACAAUCUUUCUGACUUCGGGGGCACCUGUCCAUCCACACACAGGGAAUGGGACACCAACAGCUGUGUGGACGAUUUAAUGGAUGAAGAUGAAAAAGACAAGGCAAAAAGGGCGUCUCGUAACAAAUCGGAGAAGAAGAGAAGAGACCAAUUCAAUGUGCUCAUCAAGGAGCUAUGCACCAUGCUGCAGGGCCAAGGCCAUCCGCGCAAGAUGGACAAGUCCACCAUACUGCAGAGGACCAUCGACUUCCUGCAGAAACAGAAAGACAUCACUGCACAGAACGAAACCUGCGAAGUGAGGCAGGACUGGAAGCCUUCGUUCCUCAGCAAUGAGGAGUUCACUCAGCUGAUGUUGGAGGCCCUCGAUGGUUUCCUAAUAGCGUUAACUACAGACGGCAACAUCAUAUACGUAUCUGACAGUGUGUCUUCACUCAUUGGCCAUUUACCGUCCGAUAUGGUGGACCAAAAUAUCUUGAAUUUCCUCCCGGAGCGGGAACACGGGGAGGUGUAUAAGCUACUAUCAUCCCACAUGCUGAUGACUGACCCCAUUGCUGCUGACUUUCUUGAAAGUGAGGAACAUAUUGAAUUUUGCUGCCAUCUAGCCAGAGAAAACAUUGACCCGAAUGAGCCGGUUGAGUACGAGUACGUCAAGUUUGUUGGAGAUUUCAAAUUCCAUAAUAAUGUGCCUACGUCUUCUUGUAACGGGCUGGAUUUGACGUUACCAAGAAGCCUGCAGACGUCUCUGGAAGAGCAGGUCUGCCUCAUCGCUACUGUACGAUUAGUCACUCCGCAAUUUCUAAAGGAUUUAUGUAAUGUGGAAGAUCCUUCUGAUGAAUUCACAUCCAGACACAGCCUUGAAUGGAAGUUUCUGUUUUUAGAUCACAGGGCUUCACCAAUCAUAGGAUAUUUACCCUUUGAGGUUCUUGGCACUUCAGGCUAUGAUUACUAUCAUGUGGAUGACUUGGAGCUUAUAGCUCAGUGUCAUAAGCAGCUAAUGCAGUUUGGAAAGGGUAAAUCCUGCUACUAUCGCUUCCUGACCAAAGGACAGCAGUGGAUUUGGUUGCAGACUCACUACUACAUCACCUACCACCAGUGGAACUCCAAGCCUGAGUUCAUCGUCUGUACGCACACUGUCGUCAGUUAUGCUGAAGUGCGUGCUGAAAAGAGGCGAGCGUUUCGCUUUGAAGAGCUGUCUCCACCUGGAAUCGCUCCCUCUUCAGUGAAGGCUCAGGAGCUGUACCUGGACAUCUGCUCCACUCUGGACCCUCCGCGGGACAGAACGAGCGGCGCACGUUCGGUUUCCUCCCACAGCUCCAGGAAGUCCUCCCCCACAGCGAUGUCAGACUCCGCAUCUAACUCAUACACGGAGGCGUGCACGCCGUCAUGGCAGCCUGCUUCCAUUGGCACAGAGAAGACCUCGUCCAAGUUCAAACCUAGUAGUUCAAAGAAUUUGGCACAAAGACAAAACUCAUUCGACAUCGCUCCCCAAAUGAACCUCCCCCUUUCCCCUACCCGCAGCAAGCACUCCACCCUGCAAACGCAGCCACAGCAAACGCAGCCACAGCAAACGCAAGAAACGCAAGAAACGCAACAAAAGCAGCAGCAGCAGCAGCAGCCGUCACCCAUGUACCCGCCGCCGCCACAGCCUCAGGUCUGUGUGAUGAACCAGCUGAAGGAGCAGCUGGAGGAAAGGACGCGCAUUCUGCAAGCCGACAUUCAGACGCAGCAGCAGGAGCUGCAUGACAUUAAAGAGAAGCUUCACCUCGCUAAUAUCCAGAUGUUGUUACAGCAGCCUUCCCACAAUGACUUUGGCCAGGCCCAGCAGCAGCAGCAGCAGCAACAGCAGCAGCAGCAGCAACAGCAACAGCAGCAACAGCAGCAGCAGCAGCAGCAGCAGCAGCAGCAGCAGAACCAGAACCAGCAGAACCAGAACCAGCAGAACCAGAACCAGUCAGGUGUGAUCAGGCAGCGCUCAGGCCAUUCAAAACCAUCGUCCAGCAGGACCCACAGGUCAUCCCCUCACUCACUCCAGAGAGAGAACAGCUCCCCGUCAAUACAGGUGCAGCAGAGGAUUGCGCGCAGCGGGCAGACCCAGCUGGUGAGCAUGCCUGUGCAGACCAACCCCAGUGUGACCAUGCCCUUCUACAGCAACCCCAUGAUGUUCUCUCAGACCAACACCCGCUCUCUGCAGGAUGCCAACCAAAGACAAACAGACGGCGAGUUCAACCAAGAAGGACAACUUCGCAUGCUACUCAACCAGCCAAUGCAGACGCUGGUUCCCACGAGCAGUGUCACCACGCAGCCUUCCCAGUGCAACAUGGGCAUCUCCCAAACGAUAUACACCUUGGAGCAGCAGAUCAUCGCCCCUUCGUUCUCCAUGCAACAGGUCAACUGCAACGCCGUCCUCGUGCCCUCCCCCUGCUUCACAUCCCCCAUAAUGAUCCCACCCAACGGUUUCAUCACAAACCAGUCCCAGUCGGGUUAUCAGACGCAGCCUCAAGCGUCUCAGCACUCCCUGCAGCUUCAGCAGCCCCAGCAGUUCUUUCAGAUGGCUCAGGGUCUGGUUCACGGCGGAUCAACUCCAGCGUUCUUACACACCACUAAUGUCCCACAGCAAAGCACUGUGGGAUACAUCCAGCAGCAUCAAACUCAGCAGCUCCCGCAGGCACAACAGCAACAGGUGCAACAGAUGCAAUAUCAACACUCCCAGAACCAGACUAGCAGUGUGUCAGACUUCAGAAAUAUGCUGACUCGGUAACGCAGUGCACCGCGUUCAGAGCGCUGAGAUCUCAACUCUGUGUUGUCGCCGUGCGGGCAGCAGAACGUCGUGGCAUUAGAAGUCAAGUUCUGUGGAAAGAAACGCCUGAAAGUGGAACGUUUUGCUCCUUACUGUUGGUGUUCAGUGGAGGUCGGUCAGUGGAAGUGGAAGCCAGAGGCAGAGGAGCACUGACCCGACGUUACCUGCGGGCUCUGAGGAGAGGUUGAGGGUCUGGACCUUCAUCUGUGGCCCGGAGUCAGUCAAAAGUGGAACUAUUGGAUCAAGCGGACUAUCAAAGCUCUCAAGAAGACGUCACUGUCACAUGUUUCAAUGUAAAAGAGAGUUCUAAAUGUCUCUUUGCAUUGUGGUACUGUCCUCCUUCCUAAAGGUAGAAUAUUUAUUUUUGCCCAUGAAUUAAUAUUCUUUUUUCCUCACUAAUAAUGGCUCGACGCCCCUCCCAAGACGUACAAUCUCAUAGCGUCAUCAUUUAGUUGGCAGAUAACAGAAGUUUCUCCCAUUCUGUCCACAAAACAACGAUUUACUGUUCAUGUCACGCAAAUCAGAGGGGUUUUAUUGUGAAACAUGCAGCAGUGAGGAAUAUUCUUUGAUCAUUUAGAAAGGUCUAUCUAGAUUUUUGAAGCCUCAAUCUGGUACUGAAAGCGGGAUCGUAAAGCUGUCCCGUCCCUUAUCUUCGUAGAAGAAUAACAGUCCUAUACCAGAGGGGAAAUAUUUGUGCCUUUACCCAUGGUCCGCCCAUACUGCGGUUUGAUGGUUGUGUCUGAUUACGGCUUUUAAAAAUCCAGCUCAGGUCCAUUUGGAAUACAAGAGGAGUUAUAUUUUCGUAGGUCAUAGUUUAUUAUUUUCUGCAUCAGAUAAAACAAAAGACAUCUAGAUUUUUAACAUAUAUAACAAAUAUAUAUAUAUAUUGGAUGCUUUUUGCAACCUUUAAAUCUAAACACUUAUAGUAACACAUAAGAUUCAUUUAACUAUUUACUGAAACCCUUAAAUCACUUUUAUUUAUUUAAUAUAUAUUUGAAAAAUAUAUGAUAUUAAGAAACUAGUUUUAUACAAAAAGGUUUAAGAUGAUUUUAUGUGUUUUAUUUAGGCAUUGAAGGGUCAACGCUGGUCCUAAUGUCUCGCACCAUCUGGGUUCAUGUCAGAACAGUCCACUGACCUGUGUGAUUUAAAUAUAUUGGAAAUAGUGAGAAACUUUGGUAGCCAUCUUGCUUGCUAUGUUGAUAAUUUUAAACACUAUAUCACCUUGUUUCUUCGGCAUUCCUGUUGUUUUCUGUUCAUUUUGUCUGAUUUAAAUGACCAUCUGAGAAGUCACUAAAUGUAAACUGUAAUCAUGACCAAAUUACCUUUUUAAAUCGCGUCCUACUCUGAAAGUGAUCUCAUCAAAAACUGAAAAUAGUGCGAACAGAUUAUUACAGAAACCUCCAAUGGAUUAUUGUAUCAUACAGAGGCAGCAUUAACAAAAAACACAUACAUUUGACAUUAUUUUACCAUUGUUUAUUCAACUGUAAAUGUAAGUUAUUUAUCAGUAUUUUAAGAUACCAGCUACUUGUUCUUUACAUACUGUGCUUUUUGUAUGGCUAUCUUUCUGUCAUAUUCUGAAAGAUUAUUUGGUAAAACUACUAAUCAGCUCUUGAAACUGCUCAUUGGUAUCAAUCAUCAUUUUAAAUAUAAAUGUGAGAGAAAGAUAACAGUCAUCUCAAAGCGCUGCAGUAAUGGCGAGAUGAGAGUUGUAAAAAUAGAGGUGUACUGUCGAAGCCUGAUACGCAGACGGUAAGGAAGAAGACGCACUAAAAAACCUGGUUCAUCUUUCUGUUAAUGACAAUCAGAGAACUUGUAACAACAUACAGUAUAAAAACUGCCAGAGUCUGAUCUCAUGGUUUACA